GGUGUCCGUUCUAGAGGUGUCCCGGUUGUGGCGCCUGCGGGGCUCUGAGGUUAGGGGCGUGUGGUCGUUGAUCCACAGCCGGGGGCUGUGACCGCGCCCCAGUGGCUUCGCGGGCGCAAGUGUGUCCCUGGAGCUGGGGGACUCCGCGGGGCAAAGCAGAGGGUCCACAGGUGUUGGGGCUCCGGUAAUGAGGGCUGUCCUGCUCCGGGAUUGGGAUGGCAGAGCCCGGCGGAAGACUGGGCGCUGAAGGGUGCCCUGUGGAGGUUGGGCAGGACGGACCGGGUGGCUAAGGGGAGGACUUCACCCUGGACCUAGACCGGGUCCAUUCCCCUCCUGGUUGAUCAGUGUUUGAAGGGAGGAUAGAUAGGCCAGACUGGCCUCUAGGACCCCUCCUCACCGUGCAGCAUGGAAGGAAGAGCGUGGACUGGGACUCUGUUAAUGUCACUGGAUAGGAGACUUUGGGCAGCCCCAGCGCCCCGCCCCUCUCCGGAGUGGACCCUCCAGGGAGAGGCAAGGAUGUCCGCUGCUCCGGGGAAAACCAGGUCCAAGGUUUACAAGGAGGAGAUCUCUGAUGUGACCCUGUAUUCAGGUUGGGUUCCCCGGAGCCAGGCCAGGGAGCCUGCCUUCUGCCUUGAGAUGCUUCAGCACUUGGUGGUUUUCUGCAGCACCAGUGACGUUCGGGGAUUUGGCCGUCUACUUCUCCCAGGAGGAGUGGGAACAGCUGAGCCCCGCUCAGAAGGAUCUGUAUGAAGAAGUCAUGCUGGAGAACUACCAGAACCUGGUGUCUCUUGGAUUUUCCUUCCGGAGGCCAAACGUGAUCGCUCUGUUGGAGAAAAGGGAAGCGCCCUGGGUGGUGGAGCCCGCGAGACGACGUCAGGGCCCGGACUCAGGGUCUAAAUGUGAGACCAAGAAGUUACCUACAAAUCAGUGUAACAAAUCUGGGCACAGCAUCUGUCAUAAACCAGUUCCUGCACCACACGACAUUUCCACAGGAAAGAGAGGCUGCAAGAAGAAUUCAGUCCUAAUAAAACCCAAGAAAGUUCGUUCAGGAAAGAAAUCUUUAAAAUGUAAUGACUGUGGGAAAGUCUUUAGUCAGAGCUUCUCUCUCAGACUUCAUCAGAACUCUCAUACUGGAGAGAAGCCAUAUGGGUGCAGCAACUGUAGAAAAGCUUUCAGACAGAUCUCUUCCCUCAUUCUUCAUCAGAAAAUUCACAAUGGAAGGAAAAGCCACAAAUGUGAUCAGUGUGGGGAAAGCUUCCUGCGUAGAACCACCCUUACUCUGCAUGGAAAAAUUCAUGAUGGAAAGGCAACCUCUGAUUGUGGGAAGGCCUGGAGUCAAUGUCCAUCUCUCAGUGUACAUCAGAAAAUCCACUUGGUCGAGAAUGUCCAUCAGUGCAGAAAAUGUGGGAAGGCCUUCAUUCGACUGUCAUCCCUUUUACUUCAUAGGAAAAUUCACAAUGGAAAGACAGUACAUAAAUGCAACAAAUGUGGGAGAUUCUUCAAUAAGAGAUCAGUCUUUGUUACACAUCAAAGACUUCAUGCUGGAGAGGAAACCCAUGAAAGUGAGGCUCUAAGUCAGAAUCUACAGCAGAGAAGUCACCAUUCAGAGAACUCUUAUAAAUGCAGAAAAUGUGGAAAAUCUUUUAAUAGGAUUUCAUCCAUUAUACUUCAUCAGAGAAUUCACACUUCACAGAAACCCUACAAAUGUGAUAAAUGUGAGAAGGACUUCAGGCAGCUCUCAACCCUUAUUCUACAUCUAAGAAUGCAUAAUGGAGAGAAACUACACAGAUGUAAUAAAUGUGAGAAGGUCUGUAAUCGGCAUUCAUCCCUUAUUCAGCAUCAGAAAGUUCAUGCAAGGAAAAAGAAACUGUUUGAAUGUAAGGAAUGUGGGAAGAUGUUCUCUGGAACUGCCAACCUUAAGAUACAUCAGAACAUUCAUUCUGAAGAGAAACCUUUCAAAUGCAAUAAAUGUAGUAAAGUUUUUGGCCGCCAGUCAUUUCUUAUUGAACAUGAGAGAAUUCAUACUGGAGAAAAACCCUACCAGUGUGAGGAAUGUGGGAAAGCCUUCAGCCACCGAAUAUCUCUAACUCGACAUAAGAGAAUUCAUACUGAAGAUAGACCCUAUGAGUGUGCCCAGUGUGGGAAGGCAUUCAGUCAAAGUGCACAUCUUGCCCAGCAUGAAAGAAUUCACACUGGAGAGAAACCAUACACAUGCAAAAUAUGUGGGAAGGCCUUUAGUCAGCGCACAUCCCUGAUUCUACAUGAAAGAAGCCACACUGGAGAGAAACCCUAUGAAUGUAAUGAGUGUGGGAAGGCCUUUAGCAGUGGCUCUGAUCUUAUUCGGCAUCAGAGAAGUCAUUCUUCAGAGAAACCCUAUGAAUGUAGUAAGUGUGGGAAGGCAUAUAGUCGGAGCUCAUCCCUGAUUCGACAUCAGAAUACACAUUCAGAAGGAAAAGCCUAAGGUUGUUUUAAAUAUGUAAAAGCAAAGGGGGAGGCUAACACAGUAGCAGAAACAGAGGCAUGAGGAAGAUGUGUUCAUCUGUAACGUAAGUUUUGUAAAAAUGGGACCAUUUGAUGAUGUGUCCCAUUUUGAAAGCCAAAGAGUAAAAGUUACUGGUGACUUUUGACCUGAAGAUUUGAAAUCAGCUGAGGGCAGUGAUCUUAUCAAAGGUCUUACUUUCAGAGUUCACAAACUCAGAUGGUCGGAUCAGUCAUCUCUAAUGAGGACCAUUCUUCAUUGAAUAAGAACCAUUGAUACUUUAUUUCCAUUGUAGUUUUAAACUAUUUCAUUGGUCACAUGACAAAGUGGAACCAUAAAGUCCAUUUUUGUGAAUGGGGCUUUCAGCCUGAUUUAAGGUCACCUGAAGAAAAAGUUUUGAGUUCAUCCCUUAGAGCUAGAACCGCCACAUCUAAGAGACUUCCUGGCAAACCAGGCUGCUGCUUUCAGCCGAGAGAAGCUGAGGGCGAGAAUGAAGAGUGAGCUCAUCACGGAGAGGAGCAGGGGGGCAUCACCCCUGUCUUCAUGGACGUGAAGAUGGUCUUCAUGAUGUGGAAAUCUAACCAGCCUGAGGCAGAUCCUGGGGAACCACAAUGCACUAGGAAUGGGGACUUCAGACUGGGGAGAGAUGUGUUAUUUGGAAGUAAACAUGCCUAUAUUUAUAUGAGUAAACAUGGGUGUUUUCAUGUAAGAACACUGGUAGCAGUGAGUGCUAGAGAAUGGGGAGCCAUUUCCUGAAUGUGAUCCCUACCAAAAUCCAUAUUGAGUCCCUAACUCCCAAUGGGAUGGUGUUUGGAAACAAGGCCCUUGGGAGAUAAUUGAGGUUGGAUGAGGUCAUGAGGGUGGGGCUCCUGUGAUGGGAUUAAUAUCUUUAAAAGAAGGGACACCAGAGAGCUUGCUGGGUGGAGAUACAGCAAGGUGGCUGUCUGUAAGCCAGAAAGAGGGCCCUCAUCAGUGUCCAACACGGCACCUUGAUCUCAGACGUGCAGCCUCCAGAACCAUGAGAAUAGGUUUGUCUUGUUUGUGGCCCCUGGUCUGUGGUGUUUUAUGACGCCCAGGCUCAUUCAUGGGCGAAACUGGAUUAUGUGCCAGGCACUUUUCCUGUUGGCUGUUCACCAUAUAUAAUACCUUUCAGUCCUUUUUUUCUUCUGUAAAAUAUGUAAGAAAUAAGAUCAGUUCUUUUUUGUAAUUGGGUUGUAUAUAGUUCAACUUUUUGUGUACGUUUUCCUUCUGCAAAAGCAGAAGGCACCCAUUUUUGUUAAGACGAUGUGGAAUGUGUGACCGUGUGGGUUAGGGCCUCUAACUUUGACCACAGCCGAGGAAACAGCCAGAUUUGCGAAGGGUGAACAUGCAUGCAGGAUAAUAGAACAAUUUUCCAUUUAAAAUUGUCAUCAAUUCUGCAAAAUCAGUAUGAAAAAAAUCAGCACUUGGAGCAAAUUGGUGAGCAAACAGCAUGGAAGGUUAAUGGAGAGACGGGUCUUUCCUCCCUCCUUCCACAGCCCUCUGCUUUGUUAGUUCCUCUGCCAUCGCUGUUGGUUCCGAAUCAGUGGUCACAACCUCAUGUGGGUGAUGUGAGCUGAUGAGACAGUGUUCUUGCCCCAGGCGCUUAACAGUGUACUGGGGAAUACCGCUAUCAAAACAUGGAGACAUACAAGUCACAUGGGUAGUAUAGAGGAGAAAGAUCAACUUCGUGGCAAUGACGGGCAUGGGGACAAGGAUCACUGUGGGAGAUGGUGAUGGUCUUAGAGGAAGAACAGGAAUUUUACUAGGCACACAAAAGUUGGAAGAUGUUAAAGGCAAAGAAUACCAGUGCACAAAAUAAUGGCGGAGAGUCACAGAGGAUCAGGGAAGUCACAAGUCCCAGCACCGGUAUAUAUAGGAAGUGGCGAGCACACAGUGAGUGCCGAGUAAGUAGAUGGGAACAGUACGGCCGGACUGCCUCUGAAGCAUAAACCAAAGGGAGCAUUUGAACCUGAAGGCGACCCAGACCCCAUCCCAAGGGACAGACCCCUGGGAAAACAGGCCUCACCAGUGGUUUUUAGGGACUGAUGAACUUUGGGUGACAGGAGCACCCAAUCGGAAACCUAGUCUGAUUCCUGAGUAUAUUAAUGAAAACCCCACACUAAAGCCUUGACAGAGGGAAUGACAUGGCCACUUCCGGGAAUUAGAUCCAUUUACUUCAGUUUCUACUGUCCUGCACAAAGUAUCUGGCUUUUGGCAAAACAAAACAAGCCAUUGACAAAUGCAGGAAUAACACCCCUCCCCACCCCCCCAACCAACAGACAAAGCAAUCCGGAACUGGACUGAGGAAUGACACAGCUGUUGGGCUACCUGACACAGAAUUUAACUGAGUAAUUAAUGUGUUAAAGGCUCUAAAAGAGAUGCACAGCGGGCAAGUCAGCUGGGUCAGCGGAGCAGAGAUGGGUUGUAGGAAUCGAAUGGAAAUCUGGAAAUGAACAGUAACAGGUGAGUAAUGUCUUCAGGCUUGUCACACAGCUAAGGAAAGAGAAAACUGAAGGUAGGUCAAUAACAAUUCCCCAAAGUGAACCCCCAUGGGGAGGGGGAGAGACAAGAAUAGAACAUCCAAAGACCUGCAGGGGAAAGUGUUGGUCCAACAUACAUGUAAUUGGAAUUCCACAAGGAAAAGAGAAAACAAAAAAUAUUUGAAGAAAUAAUGGGUAAUGACACCAAAACACAAAUGUAUAAAGCUCAGAGAAGAAGAAAGAUGAAGAAAAAAAAAA